UGAGGGGCGCCUUGGUAGGGGUCAGCCAGUUUGGUUCUCUCUACUAAGCUUAUCUUGAGCUCCAUUAUCAGGGAUUAUUGCAAUUUUUACAGGCCAAGAAUAUGCUUUUUGGCACUAUAUAUAUAUGGCCCUCUUCUCUUUAAUUCCAUCUCAAACAGAAUUAAAAUUAAACUUAGAUCGGAGUAAAUUUUUUCGGCCCCCUCUCUCUAUUUCUCUUCUAAGAGCUUUAGAAUGGCAAAAUUUUCAUGUGACCCCCUAAUAGUUGGGAGAGUAAUUGGGGAUAUGUUGGACGCUUUUACCCCUACCACCAAAAUGUUUGUGACUUAUGGAAACAACAAACAGGUCUUUAACGGCCACGAGUUCUAUCCCUCAGCCGUUGCCGCCAAGCCCAGGGUUGAGAUUCAAGGAACUGACAUGAGAACUUUCUAUACUUUGGUAAUGACUGACCCUGAUGUUCCAGGCCCUAGUGAUCCAUAUCUCAGGGAACAUCUUCACUGGCUGGUGACAGACAUUCCAGGCACGACAGAUGCCUCAUUUGGAAAAGAGUUGGUGUGCUAUGAGACACCAAAGCCAAAUAUAGGAAUACACAGGUUCGUGUUCGUCCUUUUCAAGCAAAAAGGCAGGCAAACGGUAAAAAGCCUUCCGAAUAUCAGAGACCACUUCAAUACACGUCGUUUUGCAGCAGAGAACGAGCUCGGCCUACCUGUGGCCGCCGUGUUCUUCAACGCACAACGGGAGACUGCCGCAAGGAGGCGCUAGAUUUGUUGCUCCCAAUUAACAUCUUUCCCUAUUAAUUAAUUAUUAAAACUUUAUCUUAUUAUUAUUAUUAUUAUCAAAAAAUCAAUUGAUUUGGAGAAUUUAUAUUUUAUUUUCCGAUCAUUCUGUUCGGCAAAGAAUGCAUGUCUUGUUGUCCUAUUUCAAUGGUGUUUGAUAAUUAAAUUUACACUUAACCUUUUAAACUUAAUUGGAUGUACGGUUACAAAUGUUGUUAUUUGUUAGAAUGGCGUUUUAUAAAU